CAGGCGCGGGUGCUGGUGAGGGCGGUAUUCCGAGGUUCAUCGAGCGCCCGGUGCUCUGUCUCAAGCCUGGGAAGGCCGCCGAGAGCUCUGGGGUCCGUGAGGGUCCCCGUAACCUGCCCAGGAGCUCCUGCAGCGCCAGAACCCGAACUAAGAAGCCUCCCGUCAUGAGCGGCCCCCUGCGGCCGGGCCCAAGCAGCUGGCGGAGGGCAGCCACCGUAGUGCUGGCGGCGGGCUGGUCGCGCCCGGGCGUCGCCGCCCCGUCGUUGCCCCCGCCGCCCGCCGAGGGCUUCCGGCUGCUGCUGCUGCAGCGCUCUUCGAGCCAAAGCUUCAUGCCCGGCGCGCACGUCUUCCCAGGCGGCGUGCUGGACGCGGCGGACCGCUCGGCCGACUGGCUGCACCUCUUCGCGCCACACCACGGGCCGCCGCGCUUCGGCCUGGGCCCAGUGCCGCCCCGGCGCGCCUCCUUCUCGGUGCUGCCCGACGCCGCCGACGGGGACGCCGGGGCGCUGCCAGAUGACGUAGCUUUCCGCAUCUGCGCCAUCCGCGAGACCUUCGAGGAGGCGGGCGUGCUGCUGCUGCGGCCCAGGGACGCCCUGCCGGUCCCCGCGCCCCAGCAGCCCGCACCGGAGCCCGGCCGCGCCCUCGCCCCGCCGCCUGACCUGGCCACCUGGCGCGACCGCGUCCGCCGCGACCCGCACCACUUCCUGCGCCUGUGCGCGCACCUCGACUGCACGCCCGACAUCUGGGCGCUGCACGACUGGAGCGGGUGGCUCACGCCGUUCUCGCGCAGUGGCGGCCGCCGCUUCGACACGACCUUCUUCCUGUGCUGCCUGCGCGAGCCGCCGCAGGUCUAUCCCGACUUGGCUGAGGUGCUGAGCUCCAAGUGGGCAUCUCCAUCAGAGGCAACUGAAAGUUUCAUAUCAAAAGAAAUUUGGUUGGCACCUCCACAGUUCUAUGAAAUAAGAAGACUUGAACUCUUUGCCUCUCUCUCUAAAUUGCACAAAUUUUGUUUGGAUCGUGCACAAGAAGGGCUGGAAAGAUGGAUGCCAAUCGAUUUAUUAACUGCUGAUGGGAUGGUCAAGCUUUUGCCAGGAGAUGAGAUGUACUUAGAAGAUUCAGACCUUUUAGAAAAUCUUUUGUCUACUGAAAAAAAGAUUGAAGAAAUCAUGAAGGAAGGCAAGAAAUUUCACCGAAUAGUGAUACACGAUCACCAUCUUUAUAAUAUCCAUGUGACUGUUCAGUCAAAAUAUAAACACGUUUAUCCUAAGAAUUAUGUGUUAAGUAAGAGUCACUUGUAGGAUACUGCUUGUUUGUUUGUAAGCUGACCUACUUGAACACUUAAUGGGUGAUGAGAGUUGACUAAACUUGCUUAAAACUUAAGGAACUCUGUGCCUUUAAAAGUUAUAAUGCAGUGUUUCUUAUUUCAAGUGUAUUAUGGAGGUCUCUUGCUUAUUUUAUUUUUUAAAACUUACUGUAUGCCACAAGUAUAAAGUUUAUAAAGUGUAUCAUAUUACCAAAACAAAAAUUUUACAAGGGUUCCCAGUUCUAUACAGUUUUAUUAUCUCAAAAGUUUAAAUAAAAUGUUCUACUGCCACUAAAAAGCACAGCAAUGCCAUUGUUCUCACUGUCCAGUGUUAGCACUUUCUUUGGUUUGCUUUGGAGGUUGAUCCAUGAAUAUCCUUGACUUUCUGCUGGAAUUGAUUUAUGGUGUCUGAUUAUAUGGUGAACAGUAGACUGAGACAACCUUCAAGUGAUAAUGUCACAGUUUUCUUGCUAUGUCUUGAGCUUGAUGAUUAAAAUGCAACUCUGUUUAAUACCAAUUGGCAUUAGUUACUGUGUUUUCCAAACUGGAAACCCAUUUUAGUUAAUAUUUUAAAGAAAUAUGAAGUCAUAACAAAAGCCAUCGUUGUUUUUACUCCGGAGAGCUAGUUAAUGAAUACAAAAGAUUAGAGAGUUCUAGUGUUUAAUUAAAUGAUAUUUAUUUUCAGUAUGAUUAACAUGGGUAAUUUUUUUCACCUCCUUUAUGGAGGGAUAAUGUUUAUUGAUUAAAGAAGAGAAAUAAUAGUUAAAAUAUCAGCUCUGUUUCAAGAUCUUUGACUAUAUUUUGCAUUGUACAAUGGAUUUUGUUUUUCAUUAAAUGUCUUUGUUUUCCUGCCUAUAAAAUAAAGGCAAUGAUAAAGUUUAUACAUACUAUUUAAUCCUGAUUAGAGGAAUAUAUCAAGAGCAGUGGUUCUCAACCCAGGCAUUUUGCCAUCAGGGGAUAUUUGGCUAUGUCUGUAAAUAUUUUUCAUUGUCACAAUUGAGGGGGGAUACAACUACAAUCUAGAGAGAGCCCAGGGAUACAGUUAACUAGCCUACAAUGCACAGGAUAGCUGCCCACAACAAAGAAUUAUCUGGCCAAGGGUGAGAAACCCUGAUCCAAAGUAAAAUCUUUUUUUUUUUUUCUUCAGUAAAUGGUUUCAGUAUAUAAAUUUUGAGAACCAUAGAUACUGUUAUCAUUCUAUUUGGCCUCUGAAUAUACAAAAAUUCUCCUUACUGACUUUUGGCCUUGGGCAUAAUGUUUUUCAUUCUUACAGGAUACUAGAAUGUUACAGCUGGAAGGGACCUCAGUGAACACCAUGAUUUUGCCAGUGAGAAAACAGAAACAGAUUCACACAGCCAAUUAGUGCCACAGCCAAGAGUAGAAUCUGACUCCUAGCCCUGUGCCCUUUUCGCUGGAGUUACUAUGGCUCACUUGGUGAUUUUAGGAAAUGUAGUAAUAAAGUAAUGUGGCUGAUUUUUCUUCAUAGAAAAUAUAUA